AACCACUUGCUCUCCUGGCUGGUCCCCUUGAAGAUCACCUCCUCUUCAAAUUUCAAACCCAAGGAGUUAUUGUCCAUGGAACUCAAAUCCCACAUAGCAAUUCUACCAAGUCCAGGGAUGGGGCAUCUCAUCCCUCUACUCGAGCUAGCCAAGUUGCUAGCACUUCACCAUGAUUUCGGAGUCACGUGCAUCAUUCCAAUACUUGGAUCUCCAUCAAAAGCCAUGAUCGGCGUCCUCGAAGCUCUUCCCACCAGCGUAGACCAUGUCUUUCUUCCUCCUGUGUGCUUGGAGGAUGAUCUCCAAGGGGCAGAGCCUGGUAUCCAAAUCUCCCUUACCAUUACUCGUUCUUUUCCAUCUCUCCGUGAUGUGUUGAAGUCAUUGCAGGCGACUUCUCCGUUAGAUGCUUUUAUCCUUGAUACUUCUGCAAGCGAUGCACUCGAAGUGGCUAAGGAACUCAAUAUCUCACCCUACAUUUUCUUCUCCUCAAAUGCUACGGUGUUGUCUUUGCUCUUGCAUUUAUCAAAGCUUGACGAGACAUUUUCCUGCGAGUAUAAAGACUUGCCGGAGCCUUUGAAACUCCCGGGAUGCAUACCCAUUCACGGUAGAGAUCUGAUACACUCAAUUCAAGACCGAAAAAGUGAAUGGUACAGAUUGUUUCUCCGCCACACCAAACGGCUGCAUUCAGUUAAGGGAAUAAUUGUUAACACGUUCACAGACUUGGAAGAAAGGGUCAUCAAAGCUUUGGAAGAGGAGAAAGAAGCUGGAUACCCUCCACUGUAUCCGAUUGGACCAAUCAUUCAAACUGGUUCCAGAACUAGCAAUGAAGUUGACGGGUCAAAGUGUUUGACAUGGUUGGACAAUCAGCCAGGUGGCUCCGUCCUAUACGUCUCUUUCGGGAGUGCUGGCAGCCUCUCGAAUGAUCAACUAAAUGAGCUGGCGUUGGGAUUGGAACUGAGUGGAGAGAAGUUCUUGUGGGUGGUAAGAAGCCCAAACAAUGGACCAGCAAAUGCUGCAUACCUCAGUAAUCAAAGUCAUGACUUGGACCCUCUUGCUUUUCUGCCGGAAGGGUUCGUGGAGAGGACCAAAGGGCAGGGUCUAGUAGUGCCAUCUUGGGCACCGCAGGUCCAGGUCCUGAGCCACGGCUCCACGGGUGGAUUCUUAACACACUGCGGUUGGAACUCGACUCUGGAGAGUAUCAUGAAUGGCACACCCUUGAUUGCAUGGCCGCUUUUCGGAGAGCAGAGAAUGAAUGCAGUUUUCCUAGCUGAGGACCUGAAAGUGGCAUUAAGACCAAAAGAGAACGAGAAAGGAGUCGUGGUCAGAGAAGAAAUUGCGCAAGUCAUAAAGGGUUUGAUGGUUGGAGAAGAUGGGAAGAAUGCUCGCAACCGUAUGAAAGACCUAAAGGUUGCAGCUGAGAAAGCACUGUACCCAGACGGGUCUUCUACUAGGGCACUCUCUGAGUUACCAUUCAAGCGGGAUUUUAAACCAAGACGAUUUUAGUUUCUCAAUCUUUCAGAUUUUCUACUCUCUCUCUCUCUCUCUCUAUGUAUGUAUAUUUAUAUGUAUAUAUUUCUUUUUCGUCGAGGGUUGUAUUCUAUCUUUUAAUUUGUUGUUGAAUUUAUAAUGUUUGACCCUAUC